CGCGGACGGCUGCGCGUGGGGCGGCGCGGGUGCAACCGCUGUUGGACCGCCGCGGCCACCUCGCCCUCCGCACCGGGCUCGGGGACGCCGUGCUGGGGAGGCGGGGCGCUGGGGCACAUCGCGUCAGACCUUCAAGUACUUUGUUUGUGCCAAAUCAUUACUGCUUACCACAUGAGUCUAAAUCAUGAUGGAUGCCAAGUAUGUCCUCUGCAGAUGGAAAAAGCGAUUAUGGCCUGCAAAGGUCUUGGCCGGAACUGAGAAGUCAGCCAAAAAUAAGAGAAAAAAGGAAUUUUUUCUAAACGUUCAGAUACUUUCCCUAGACAAAAAAAUUAAGGUGAAAAGCACGGGAGCCCAGAUCCUGAAGAAGUCUCACAUCGAAGGCAUCGCUUCCUCGUUAGCCUUGCAGAACGAGGUUGCUGCCACGCCCCUGGAGGAGCUGGCCUACAGGCGGUCGCUCCGCGUGGCUCUGGAUGUUUUGAAUGAGAGGACCCGUCCGCGUCAAGGAAGCUCUUCCAGGGAAGAGAGGACCACUCAGUCUCUGAGAGUGAAGCCCACGGAACCGGCCUCCUCGCUCUGCCACUCCAGCCCUUCGCCUUUGCUCCACGAAGAUGCGUCGGGCAGUCCUGGGCACACGAGGAGGGAACGUGCGCCCCAGAGGCUGUCCGGCCUGCCCGCUCGCAAGGAGGACCCCGGGUGCAGAGUGGACCACAAGAAGGGGCUCGGGAGAAGCGGAGGCCUGCGCGCCCGAGCUGUCUCCUUGGCCGGCAGUGGUGCUCAGGACGGACGGGGAUCCAGAAAACACCGGGCAAACCGGACGGUGAACCGGACAACGACACCGAGUAAACGGGAGAGGAACCUAGCACGGGGGCCCAGCUGGGGUCAGGAAGCGCCUCCGUCCUCAGAGGGAGCUCGGGAGGAAGAGAGUGAGAUGGUGGCUGGCCUGGCAGCCCUGCGCUCCUCUCCCGGAGGUGGGGCCGAGGGUCCUCGGGGCGGCCCCAGUGCCCGUGGCCACCCUGCCCAGCACCUGUGCCCGGACAGCGGCCAGAGGCCGGGGCCCCGCAUGGCUCCGUGCAGCCCCACUCAGCUCGGCCCCGCAGAGGAGACCAGAGACGCCCGGCUCCUGGAGGGAGCCCGUCCACCUUCUGAAGAGUCAGUGGAGUUGGACGCCGUGAACUCUCUCCUGGCAGAGGACGAGGAGGACGAGGAGCCCCCGAGAAUCCUCCUAUACCGUGAACCACGUUCGUUUGAAGUAGGAAUGCUAGUCUGGCUUAAAUACCAAAAAUACCCCUUCUGGCCCGCAGUGGUCAAAAGCGUCAGGCGAAGAGAUAAGAAAGCGAGUGUGCUUUUCAUUGAAGGAAACAUGAACCCCAAAGGGAGAGGCAUCACGGUGUCUCUCCGGCGACUGAAGCACUUUGAUUGUAAAGAAAAGCAGGCGCUUCUGGACGAGGCCAAGGAGGAUUUCGACCAGGCCAUCGGCUGGUGCGUCUCCCUCAUCACCGACUACAGGGUCCGACUGGGCUGUGGUUCCUUCGCAGGCUCUUUCCUAGAAUACUACGCGGCUGAUAUAAGCUCCCCCGUCCGCAAGUCCAUCCAGCGGGACGUCCAGGGGACCAGGUUUCCGCCGCUGAGCGGGGUGGGCCCCGAGGAGGCCUCGGCAGGGAACCCGCGGGGCAGGAGGCCGGCCUGCAGGAAGGUGCUCCCUGAUCGCUCGCGGGCCGCCCGGGACCGGGCCAACCAGAAGCUGGUGGAGUACAUCGUGAAGGCGCGGGGUGCCGAGAGCCACCUGCGGGCCAUCCUGAAGAACAGGAAGCCGUCCAGGUGGCUAAAGACGUUCCUGAGCUCGGGUCAGUACGUGACCUGCGUGGAGACCUACCUGGAGGACGAGGAGCAGCUGGACCUGGUGGUGAAGUACCUGCAGGGGGUGUACCAGGAGGCGGGCAGCAGGCUGCUGGCACGCGGGCACGCGGACGGCAUCCGCUUCGUCCUGGACGUGCUUCUGCCCGAGGCCAUCAUCUGCGCGAUUUCCGCUGUGGAUGCUGUGGACUACAAGACGGCUGAGGAGAAGUACAUACGAGGACCUUCACUCAGCUACCGGGAAAAAGAAAUAUUUGAUACGCAGCUCCUGGAAGAAAGGAGCCGGCGAAGCUGAGGCCGGUGGAGGCAAGGCCCUGCGCUCUGGAGCACAGGCGGGCCGUUGGCCUUCCUGACGGCUGCUGCCUCUGUUUUCCUGGCUCUUGUGGAAGGUACAGCUCCUGAAAGGGUUUGAAAGGACAGAGGCUUUUUUUUUUUUUUUUUAACUUUACGUCAUUACCUGUGACUGUACCGUGUAGGUUCACAGAAGGUGCACGUUUGUGUUUUGUGUUGAAAAGCACUGUACCCAACAUUAAACAGGAGCUUUAAAGACUCUGAUACGAACGUACGGCUCCCGCAACAUCA